GGGGCCGUGGGGGGCACCUACCUGGAGGAGCGGAUCCCCAUUCCUCGGGGGGACAAGCCCGGCUUCAGCUUGCGCAAGCUAUGGGCCUUCACAGGCCCGGGGUUCCUCAUGAGCAUCGCCUACCUGGACCCCGGCAACAUCGAGUCGGACCUGCAGUGCGGGGCCGUGGCCGGCUUCCAGCUGCUGUGGGUGCUGCUGUGGGCCACGAUCCUGGGCCUGUUGUGCCAGCGCCUGGCCAUCCGCCUUGGCGUCGUCACUGGCAAGGACCUGGGCGAGAUCUGCUACCUCUACUACCCCAAGGUGCCCCGUGUGCUGCUGUGGGUCACCAUCGAGCUGGCCAUCAUCGGCUCUGACAUGCAAGAGGUGAUCGGGACGGCCAUCGCAUUCAGCCUGCUCUCGGCCGGACGCAUCCCCCUCUGGGGUGGGGUCCUUAUCACCAUCAUCGAUACCCUCUUCUUCCUCUUCUUGGAUAAAUAUGGUCUGCGGAAGUUGGAAGCCUUCUUUGGCCUCCUCAUCACCAUCAUGGCUGUGACCUUCGGCUAUGAGUAUGUGGUGGUGCGACCGUCCCAGGAGGCCGUGAUCCGGGGCAUCUUUGUGCCCUACUGCACGGGCUGUGGGCGCGAGGAGCUGCUGCAGGCUGUGGGCAUCGUAGGCGCCAUCAUCAUGCCCCACAACAUCUACCUGCACUCGUCCCUAGUCAAGUCCCGCACUGUGGACCGGACACAGCAACAGGAGGUGAGGGAGGCCAAUGGGUACUUCCUGCUGGAGUCGUGCCUGGCACUGGGCAUUUCCUUCCUCAUCAACCUCUUCGUCAUGGCUGUCUUUGGCCAGGCCUUCUACCACCGCAGCAACCGCGAUGUGCACAACGUGUGCGUCAACAGUAGCGUCAGCCAAUACGCCAACAUCUUCCCUGCGGACAACAGCACCGUGUCUGUGGACCUCUACCAGGGGGGCGUCAUCCUGGGCUGCUACUUUGGGGCAGCCGCCCUCUACAUCUGGGCCGUGGGGAUCCUGGCAGCUGGGCAGAGCUCGACCAUGACCGGUACCUACGCGGGGCAGUUUGUCAUGGAGGGCUUCCUACAGCUGCGCUGGUCCCGCUUCGCCCGUGUCCUCUUCAUCAACGUGCUGCAGAGCAUUUUGCUGCCCUUCGCGGUGCUGCCCGUCCUGACCUUCACCAGCCUCCGGCCGCUCAUGAACAACUUCACCAACGGCCUGCCGGGGCAGCUGGUGAUGGCACUGAUCACGCUGCUGGUCUGUGCCAUCAACCUCUACUUCGUGGUGGAUUUCCUGCCCUCACUGGGCAGUGUCGCCUACUGGGUGCCUAGCCCCCAGGGGCCUGAGCACACCGGGAGGACAUGUGCCCCGCUGCCCCCAGCCCAGCAGCGCCAGGCCCUGCCCUCGCAGCUCACACACUAA